CGCGCGCAGCACGCUCGGGGCCGGGAUGGCGGCGGCGGCUGGUAGCGGGACACCCCACGAGGAGGAGGGGUCUGGUGGUGAGGCAGCGACCCCGCAACCCCAAGCCCCGACCAAUGCGUCUGGGGCUCGUCUUUCAAGGCUGCCUCUGGCACGAGUGAAGGCCCUGGUCAAGGCGGACCCCGACGUGACGCUCGCGGGACAGGAAGCCAUUUUCAUCCUGGCACGAGCCGCGGAACUGUUUGUGGAGACCAUUGCAAAAGAUGCCUAUUGCUGUGCUCAACAAGGAAAGAGGAAAACCCUGCAGAGGAGAGAUUUGGAUAAUGCGAUAGAAGCUGUGGAUGAAUUUGCAUUUCUGGAAGGUACUUUGGAUUGAUUGCAGAGCUGUGCAGUUUUGUGAGCCUUUACCUGCGUCCUUCAGCCAGCUGCUCCCCGAAGGCCUCAGCUUUGGAGACCACUGUCCUUAGAAUAUUGCACAUAUAUACUCUUUCUGUUCUGCCUUCACCUAAGCCGGGAUACUUAGAGAUCUCACCUGCUAAUUUUUCUGCACAAGCUCUUCUGCUACUUGGGUCUGUCUUCCACUCAGGGCUAGUUGCAGCUGCUGCUGUUUGGGGCAGAGAUGAAGAACAUGUUUUGCGUAGGUUGCUUAAUGAAUGAUGAGGACCAAAAUAAAGGUUUCUGAUCAAGUUCAA